UAGUCCAUUAUUUUUCUUCAAAUGUAUUCGUACAUAUUAUGCUAUUAGUCUCUCUCUCUUCUUUUCUCUCUCUCUCUCCCCACUUUCAUCUGUAACAAGUUGUCAAGGGCGUGUGUUUUUGCCCCACUUGGGAGUUGGGACACUAUUCUAUUUAAUUUAAUUUCACUUCUGGUGAGAGGGCCUCAACUCUUCUCUACUUCUGUGCUCCAAUUUCCUGUUGCUUCAUGCAUGGCUCCCUAAGGGAAGAAAGCUUGUCAUUUGACUCUUAUUACGUUAUCCUGUUUGCAAAUUUAUUUGCUCUACAAUCUGCUUCACAGGUUUCUCUCUCUGUUUCUGCUGGAGUUGUUCAAAUGGGAGAAAGAGUUUUAUUCUCUACGUAGAGUUUGGUAGACAAAGAUAAUAUUUUGAGAUAAUGCUAGUUCCACUUGCCCCGUACCCUCCACCCCCUCCACCAGCUCCAUAUACGCCUCCACCAAAUGGUGCACAGAGUCAACUAGUCUGUUCUGGGUGUAGAAACCUUCUGCUCUAUCCAGUUGGAGCCACCUCUGUGUGCUGUGCUGUUUGCAAUGCAGUCACAACAGUGCCACCUCCUGGCACAGAAAUGGCCCAGUUAGUUUGUGGAGGCUGUCACACUUUCCUCAUGUACAUCCGUGGAGCCACAAGUGUGCAAUGCUCUUGCUGUCACACGGUCAAUCUAGCUUUGGAAGCAAAUCUGGUGGCGCAUGUCAACUGUGGGAACUGUAAGAUGCUACUCAGGUACCAAUAUGGAGCAAGAUCCGUGAAAUGUGCCGUUUGCAGUUUUGUAACGUCAGUUGGGGCCUCGACAAGCACCACUGAGCAGAAAUUCAGCACCUAAAUCUUACUGUAAAAUUGGUGACAGACACCACGACCUUGGUUUUAAUCAAAUAUCGCCCUUGAGGAAUAACGAGUGCAUAUGAGAUAGCUGAGGAAAUUUUCUUAACAUGUAUAGAGCUAUUUUUCCCUUGAGUGAAAUAAUUAAAUAAAUUUUGUAUUAUUGGUGUACCAUGUAAUGCUUUAUUUGUAAGCAGUGUAAGCCUCUAAAGGAAUGAGUAGUGGAGUUUAUAGUUCUCCAAUUUCAAUUGCAGUGUGCCAAAAAGCUAUUUGGAAUAACUAUUUAUGAUAAGAUUAUUGAUUCUGAGUGCUUUUGAAAA